GAAAGAGUUGAGUAAGUAAAUGACACAAUACAAUGUUACAUGCGGAGCUAACAAGUAGAGAAACUGCUUGAUAACUAAAAAGCUGCAGACUAAACCGCUCAAGUAUCACACCCAUCAUCUGCUGCAAGGUGACAUCAUCGAACCAUGGAAAAAAGAAAACAAAAGGGAAGAAAGAUGGGUUCAUCAAGAAGGCUCAUGGUGAAAACAGAGGAUGAAGGUGAGGUGGAGGCUGAGGCCAGCCCAAAACGUGAAGAAGAUUCUAUUCUCAAUGAAAUGGCAGAGAAAAUCCAACAACUUUUGUCAAUUGAUGGCACAAAUACCAGUUUAUUUAUCACAAAAGAGGACCUGGAGAAAAUCAGUGGCAUCGUUUUCUGCACUGUUGAAGACCUAGAAGAGCUAUUUGAUGAACUAAAUAAAGAAGGGAAAGGAUAUGUUACUUAUGAAGAAUUCACUUCAGGACUGAAAAACCACAUCAAUUCAAGUGGCAGACAAUGGAAUCAAACACGGAAAAGAAAAUCUACAAAAAGAAUAUCAGAGUUUCCUCGUUCUCCGUCAUUAGAAGAAGCAGACACAGAGGAAAGGAAACAAUUUAAGUCUUUUAUGGAACAGCUUGGAGCUCACAGUGUGUUUGAAGAUGAAACUGAGAUCUGGAAACUAUGGACCAGGCUUGGUCAAGAGGAACCACAUUUGUUGGAGAACCUUGAGGAAUUUUUGGCAAGAGUCACAAAUCAAAUUAAAGAAGCCAAAAAAGAGAAGGAAGUAUUGGAAAUGAUGUUAAAAAAGAGGAUUAGUGAACACAAUGUAGAGGUGCAGCGUUUAUAUGAAGAAAUGGAACAACAAAUGCGUGAGGAAAUGAAGAGAUUUACCAAUGAGAGUAAUGCUCGUACCAGUUUCCACAAUAAGGAAAUGAAGAAUGCCAUAGAGGUGAAAAAUAAAGAGGUGCAACAGAUGAUUUCUGUUCAAAAUGAGUUAGAAAAAGAGCUCUACAACCUACGAAGUAUGGAACGGGCUACCAAAUCAGAGAAUGAAAAAUUGAAAAGAACCAACCAAGAUUUAGAACUUGAUUUGGACAAAAUUCGUGAUCAGUUGUCCGAAGCCCAAGGUUGCCUGGGUGAGAUGACACAGAAAAUGGUUCAACAUGAGGUUGAAAAGGAGCUAAAGGAUAAUGAAGAAUCGAUAAAUAUUUCUAGUGCACAGGAUUCGACCCAGAAAGACAAGUAUAAUGAGCAGGAGCUUGAACAAAGUGACCCGCGAAGUGAGCCUACAGAUAUGGAGCAACAGAAUACAGUCAAGAAUGCUACAGACUUUAAAAGUUCAAGAUCAAGAGUAAUUUCCAUAGAAGAAGACCCAAUACAAGAGUGCUUACUUAAACACUCCAAAAUACUUCAAGAAGGUAUUAUAGAGGAAAUACCAACCAAAGACGUAGGAGACUCUGUUCGUUUUGACCAGUCAGGACUAUAUUCACCUCCUUUUGAUGGUUACACCAAAAAUGAAUCUAGUAGUAUUUCAUUCCAAAUAAGACAAGCAAACUAUACAGAUGUCAAAAAGUUAGCAAUAGCUUCAGAGACAAAAAGGAUUCAAAAAGACUUUGAUUUUGAAAGUAAAAACAAUGACCAUUCUGAUCUUCAUGAGAAGGUAGAACAAAAGUCCAAAAAAGCAGAAGAAGGUAGAACAAAAGUCCAAAAGCACCAUGAAGAACUUCAUGCAGAUCCAGACCAUGUAUAUAAAAUAAUGUUUGUUGGAAACUCGCAUGUUGGAAAAACAUCUUUUUUAUGUCAAGUACAUGAAGGUUCCUAUAAGAAAGAUACAUCUGCUACAAUAGGAAUAGAUUAUCGCAUUAAAAGGGUCAUGUUGGACAACAAACAGUACGCCUUACAGCUGUGGGACACUGCAGGACAGGAGAGGUUUUAUAGCAUCACGGAGCAGUUUUUCAGAAAGGCAGAUGGUAUGGUGAUCAUGUAUGAUGUAACCUCUAGGGAAACCUUUACUGCGGUGCGGCGCUGGCUCUACUGCAUUCAGGAAAAGGUGAUGGAUGAUAUCAUAAUUCUUCUUCUCGGCAAUAAAAUAGACUGCGAAGCGGAAAGACAGGUGACGUUUGACGAUGGACAGAAGCUAGCUAAGGAGUACAAACUACUGUUCGCAGAAUGCAGUGCGGCAUCAGGAAUAAAUAUCAUGGAAUCACUGAUACCGAUAGUCAGGUCUUUAAAGGAUCACGAAGACAAAAUGAAAAAUAAUGUAGUAACAUUAAAAAGAUCUGCAGAUGUGAAGAAAACAAGUUGUUGCACUUAAAGCUGCAUGCUGCCUGUAAUAAAGAGUGCACUGAUUUCUUUGAGAAAUAAAUGCUCUGUUUUUCAUGAAAAGGAAGAUAAAACGUUAACACUG